UACUGCCGCCUUGAGAACACGCGCAGUUCGGACCGAUCCUUUCGUGAACGGGGAGAGAAGAUGACGGCGUUCCACGCUCUUCGAGUGAGCCGCCACGUCCUCCUCAACCGCGCCCAUAUGCUACUCUACUCCCUCGCCAUCCUCGCUCUCCUCCGCCACCGCGUUUCCUGCCUUCUCUCCUCUUCCCGCUUCAUCCCCCUCCUCCUCGCCGAGCUGGUCCUCGCGCUCAUGUGGGUCAGCUCCCAAGCCACCCGGUGGCGCCCCGUGCGUCGCCACGAGUUCCCCGACCGGCUGCUCCGGGAGGUCGACCCCGCGGCCUUCCCCGCGCUCGACGUAUUCAUCUGCACCGCCGACCCGCACCGGGAGCCGCCCAUCAGCGUCGUCAACACCGCCCUCUCCGCCAUGGCCUUCGACUACCCCCCCGACCGGCUCUCCAUCUACGUGUCCGACGACGGCGGCUCCGCUGUCACGCUCUUCGCCCUCAUGGAAGCCUCCAGGUUUGCCAGAUACUGGUUGCCCUUCUGCAAGGAGAACGGCCUGCUCGACAGAUCGCCGGAGGCUUACUUCCGAUCCAACAUCGGUGGAGACUCAGACAAAAUGAAGGUAAUGUACGAGAGCACGAAGGAGAAGGUAGAGAGGGCAAUGGAGAGAGGUUACGUGGGCAAUGAUGUAGUCUUUGGUGCAGAAGAACGAGAGCUCUUCGAGAAGUGGAAGGAGUUCACUCGCCAUGACCACCCGUCCGUGAUCCAGGUUCUACUCCAAAGCAGCAAAGAUUCGGAUAUCAUGGGAACCGCGUUGCCCAAUCUGAUCUACGUCUCCAGAGAGAAACGCCCGUCGUCUCAUCAUCACUUCAAAGCUGGGGCUCUGAAUGUCCUGACGCGCGUGUCGAGCGCCAUGAGCAACGCCCCGGUUAUCCUGACCUUGGACUGCGACAUGUACUGCAACAACCCUCGUGCUCCUCUCCACGCGCUCUGCUACUUUCUGGACCCUGUCGUCUCCGCCGACCUCGCCUACGUCCAGUUCCCCCAGUGCUUCCAUGGAAUCAACGAGAACGACAUCUACGCAAGCGAGAUCAAGCGUUUGUUUAAGAUUAAUUCCAGGGGAAUGGAUGGACUCCGGGGACCCAACUACGUCGGCACCGGCUGCUUCUUCUCGCGACGCUCUUUGCAUAGCACCGGCUUGCCGGCUCACCGUGGCUCGUCGGCUUCGGAGUCCGCACUGCAGAAAGCCGUGGAAGCGGCUGCCUGCUCCUUCGAACUCGGCACCAAAUGGGGAUCCUCGAUUGGUUUCCGAUACGGGUCGCUCGUGGAGGACUUCCACACGGGUUAUCGGCUCCACUGCGAGGGAUGGAAGUCCGUGUUCUGCGACCCGGCGAGGCCGGCGUUCCUCGGCGACGGGCCGAAGAAUCUAAAUGAUGUCCUUAGCCAGUGCAAGAGAUGGUGCGUGGGGCUCUACGAAGUGGCCUUCUCGAGGUUUAACCCCCUCACCUUCGGCAUCACCAAGGCUUCGUUCUCGAUGGGCUUAAUCUAUGCGCACUAUGCAUGCUGGGGCACUUGGUGCGUCCCCAUCACAGUAUACGGCCUUCUUCCACCGCUAGCUCUCAUGUAUCGGACGCCCUUCUUCCCCAAGGUCUCCGAUCCAUGGUUCUUCGUGUACGCCUACCUCUUCACCGCAGCCUAUGGCCAAGACCUCGUCGAGUUCCUCGCAGAUGGUGCGACCAUCCGGAGGUGGUGGAGUGACCAGCGGAUGUGGAUGACCAGAGGCGUCACAUCUUUUCUCUUCGGAACCAUCCAGUUCGGACUCAACCACAUCGGCAUAUCUGCGCCGGGUUUCAACGUGACGAGCAAAGUGGCGGAGGAGGAGCAGAACGAGCGGUACGAGAGAGGGGUCCUCGACCUGGGAGUGCAGUCGCCGUUCUUCGUGGCACUCGGAACCGUGGCCGCCGUCAACCUGAGCUCCUUGGUGGUAGGGAUCGCGAGGGCUGCGACGACGGAGGGGUUCCUCGACGAGCAGUUCGCGCAGCUGUUCCUGUCGGGCUUCGUCGCCGCCAACUGCUGGCCUAUCUACGAGGCCAUGUUUCUGAGAAGCGAUGGUGGAAGGAUGCCGAGGAGCGUCACCGUCAUCUCCUUGACGGUAGCAGGUCUUCUUCUCUACAUGGGGUAUCUCGUCUUCCACGUAUGAGAGACUUGUCAUCACACUGGAGUCAGGUUAAUGUCUACGUAAUGUAUUUUCGAUCUGAGUCAGUCAUUGCCGGGUAGCUGUUGCAUGGUACUAUGAUUAGAAAAGUCUUUGAUGUACUUUAAUUGAAUGCACCCAUUGUGUAUUAUGGUGCAUAGACCAGAAAUAAUUAGAUUAAAGAAAAAAAUCUUUUAAGGAUAGAAACUAUAAUCAUAAUAAUAUUGAAAUAAUAUUGUUAAGGAGUUGAUUGA